GAGAACAACUACAAAUCACGUUUCUAUAGAACGUACUCAUAAGAGAAGAAUAUUUUCCAUUAACUAUAGAGAAAUAAAGUAUCAUACUUUCAAUAAAACAAACACAAGCCGACUGUGAUAGCUGGCCUGAUCAGUUUACUACUGUUUACAUUUGGAUGUGUAAAUAAGAAGGUAUAUAAGGAAGAGGCGGCGACAUACAUCCCAGUCGUUUAGUUGUGUUCUUAGGAGCGGGAGCGUCUCAUUCCUUGACUUCUGAUUUUUUAUUAUACCCCGUCUUUCGAGCGGUAUCAUGAUCGCUCUCUUUGGAGUGCUACUCGCCGCUGUGGCAGUCUUAGGAGCGCCUGGGCCUAUGCCCCGCCCAGGCCCUGGCCCAGUAGCUCGCCCAGCUCCACAGCCCAUGCCUCAGCCAAUGCCUCAGCCAAUGCCUCAGCCUAUGCCCCAGCCCUUAGCAUACCCUGCCCCUGUCCCAGCACCCACACCAAACUACUACGAGCCGUGGGGUGGAUUCGGCUACGGACAUGGAGGAUACGGAGGUUACUACUCCCCUGAGUGCGAAGGUCCUUACUACGAAGGUCCUGGAGGAUAUGGAUACGGAAUUCCCGGAUUUGGAUUGGGAUACGUAGACGCCUUCCUGGACGGAUACCCGUACGUCAGCAACGCAAUCUUCUAACUCUGAUACGAAGUCUCUCUAUAUAAUUGUCAGGAAGAAGGCAAUGGUAAUUUCUUUAUAAUUAAAAUUAUGUGCAAUAAGUUAUACAGAUAAAUUAAA